AUGGAUCACGUUUUAGCUUCCGAGCCGGACCUACGCGUCUCCUGCUUUGAGCGUCUCCUGCUACCACACAGCCAGUCUAGCCUCAGCAUGAGAUCCCUGGUCUGCAGUGCAGUCAGCCUCCUGGCGUUGGCCGCGGUCUGUCACGCCGGCUGCUACCUGAAGCCAAUGGUGCUCACCGACCUCAUGCACCCUCCCAAAGGUUGCCAGGAUGAGGAGGGUGAGAUGCAUGACUUCAUGGCGUUGUGGGAAAAGAACUGCCACGAGUGUGUCUGCCUCCACCACGGAAUGAUCUGCUGUGACCAGAUACACACUGCCAAGUAUAUCCCCUUUGGCUGUAAGCUGCUGGUUGACAGAAACGCGUGCACGUCCAAAGUUGUGCAGAACCCUGACUACGUAUCCUGCUUCUGCAAUCUCACAAUCACUCCCAUCGCCAUGAGACUCCUUUGCAGUGCAGUCGCUGUUCUGGCCUUGGCCACGAUCUGUAAUGCGAGCUGCAGCUUCCAGCAGCUGGUCCUCACCGACCCUAUGCACCCUCCUCAAGGCUGUCUGGAUGAGGAGGGCAAGCUGCAUGUGUUUGGGUCCGAGUGGGUCAAGGACUGCCAGGAGUGCUCCUGCUCCCAGGAAGGACUGAGCUGCUGCAGCAUGAUUAUGAUUCCCAGUGACGAAGAGCUUCCCCCGGAUUGUGAGAUACUCGUUGAUAAAACGAAGUGCUCAACCAAACUUGUGUUGAAGUCCGACAAAACCAAGGAGUGUGUGCCUGCGUGAAUGUAAACACAACAGUCCUGUGAGAUGCUUUCCUCUGUCCUCAUAACAAACUUUAAUGAACCGGCAAUUAAUAAACUUAAAUGAUGCUCAAUUAA